AUGGAUCCAACUCUUGCCCCUUGGAGUGACACAGCCCUAUUGGUGGAGGCUGCCACUGCUCCAGCUCCUGCGCCUAUCGAUGUUGAGCCUGCCCCUCAGGGCUAUACUUCUACUGUCCAUACCGAUGCAGCACUUCCUUCUCGUAGUGCCGAUUCUUUCUCUACUAGUAUUGAUGAGCUUUUUGGCGACAUCGAACAUCAGUGGGAG